AUGCCACCUUUACCGGGCGAAGAUCGUCUGGUCACAGUCUUUGCUGAUUGCCAUUACUAUUUCGGACAACCUACAGUGCGACCUUCGGUCCAUCGAUUUGACAAAGGUUCAUAUUUCUACAUAUACUACAAUGCUACGAGAAAUUCAAGCAGGAUAGAAGUCGCAAACAAUCCUGGCACUGCUGAUCAGGAUGCAUUCAAUGGAUACAUUGAUACCUGUCGCAUCACAAAUUCCGAGCGCUUCCCAACGCGCCUGACGAUCGAGGUUGAUGGUGGCACCCCUCAGAGUCCGAGCUCACCGAAAUCUAGUCGCGAUCCACAAGAAUGGCAUCUCGCGACAGGAGAUCCGAGGGACAGCAGCAGAACCAAGUACAGAUUGCAUACCAUCGAUGUCUACUUGUGGGCUCAGGACGAUGCUCGACUGGUGCUGGAAUGUUUCAAGAAGCUUCUGCCUGCCAAACAGCUUAAUGUACCCGAAUAUGAACAUGAUCAGGGCUUCCAUGAGCCAGAAACAGCUAUGGGUCAAACUCCAGCGAACCAAAUGAGCCCUGUUGUGCAGAAUCUCGAGAAUAUGGCUGUGCACGAUCCUGUGUACAAUGGACAACAGAAGGGCGCCAAUGCUGUCAGUCCAACUUCGUCCUUCGCGAGCCACAACAUUCCUCCACCACCACCAGUCGGUGGUCCAGCUAGACAGCCGUUGCACUCUCCUUCCCCUGCUUUCUCAGACCUCUCUUCACAACCAGGAAGACAGUCCUCUAUACGGAGUAACAAGCAGCAACCUGCUGAUUUUGCACCUAUGGCUUACAAUCCUGCCGCACCUGCUGCGCCUGAGCCUAUAGCACAUAGAGAGAAGACGCCUCCACCAGAAGAUCACGCAGGAGGUACUGGCCUCAACCAAGCCACAAGACACGAUCAGAUGUAUGUUUCUGGCCCGCCACCUCAAGGGUCGUCACAAGCCGGCUACCAGAUAGGUCAUGGCGCGCCAGUCACUUUUGGUGGUGGAUAUGCUUCACCUCCUCCACAACAACCAGGACUCGCAACAUCUUCUUCUUCGCAUCAGCAGCAACUAUAUGCUCACACAACAUCUCCACCACCCCCGCCCUCGAUGACUGGAUAUAGUUCACCACCUCCUCCUUCGGGCUAUUCCUAUGGUGGUCAACCUGACCAACGAAGUUCAACCGGAUCUGCGGCUCCGUCCUUCGGUCCAAAUCCUACAGGUACACUACACCAAGACUCUCGUGGUUCAGCAGUGUCUACUGCUCCUUCCUUCGGCCCAGGUGCACCGAGCACACUUUCUUCACAGCAAUCUCAUCCUCACAAUCACUCUACUGCGGCAGAACACUACGUUCCCCAAAGCGCUCACGAUCCCAUCCCCACACCUGGCACUCAGUUCUACAGCAGCUUGCAGCCCCCCAAUAGGCCUCUCAGUCACGUUCAACCACAAUACGCUGACUACCUCGCUGCAGGCAGUACACCUAUCCAGAACACUUCUGCGGGAAACCUACCUCCUGGUGGCUAUAGCCAAUACAACUAUGGCCAGGGGGCGCAGCAGCAGCAGCAGCAGCAGCACCACCACCACCAACAACAAAACAACGAUAACCCAUACGCAAUACAUCAACAAGUAUAUCGACCAACAGAGGCAGAAGCAGGCAGUCAUCAUAGGAAACAGAGCCGGACAAAUACCGCAGACGGAAGGCACAGGAAAGAAUCGACGACUGAUAGAGUGGAAAAUCGAGCUAAAGGCUUGUUCAAGCGGGUCGAGAAAUAUUUCUGA